GUAGCAUAGAUCAGUCAGUGUUAAAGGAGUUGCCUCCUGAGCUCCUUGCAGAAAUUGAAUCCACCAUGCCACUUUGCGAACGUGUGAAAAUGAACAAGCGCAAACGUAGCACAGUUAAUGAGAAACCAAAAUAUGCUGAAAUCAGUUCUGAUGAAGACAAUGACAGUGAAGAAGCUUUCGAAUCUUCUCGUAAAAGACAUAAAAAGGGUAGAGAUGAAGCUUGGGAAUAUGAAGAACAUGACAGAAGAAAUUCUGGUGACCACAGGAGAAGUGGUUAUUAUGAAGGAAGGAAAACUGGUGGCCGUUACCGUAAUCGCAGUCCCAAUGACUCUGAUAUGGAUGAUUAUUCUCCGCCUAGCCUCAGUGAGGUGGCUAGAAAAAUGAAGAAAAAAGAAAAACAAAAGAAGAGGAAAUCUUAUGAACCUAAACUAACACCUGAAGAAAUGAUGGAUUCUUCGACUUUCAAACGAUUUACUGCUUCAAUAGAGAAUAUUUUGGAAAAUUUAGAAGACAUGGAUUUUACAGCUUUUGGUGAUGAUGAUGAGAUUCCACAGGAAUUGCUCCUGGGAAAGCAUCAACUUAGUGAAUUGGGUAGUGAAUCUGCAAAAAUCAAAGCAAUGGGCAUUAUGGACAAGCUUUCAACAGAUAAAACAGUAAAAGUCCUAAAUAUUUUGGAGAAGAAUAUUCAAGACGGAGCAAAGCUUUCUACAUUACUUAAUCAUAACAAUGACACUGAAGAUGAAGAGAGAUUAUGGAGAGAUCUUAUUAUGGAGAGAGUAACGAAAUCUGCUGAUGCUUGUCUUACUGCUAUCAAUAUUAUGACAUCACCGAAUAUGCCUAAAGCUGUAUAUAUUGAGGAUGUAAUAGAAAGAGUUAUUCAAUACACAAAAUUUCAUUUGCAGAAUACUCUCUAUCCUCAAUAUGAUCCUGUGUAUAGAGUGGAUCCUCAUGGUGGUGGUGUUUUAAGUUCAAAAGCAAAACGUGCCAAGUGUUCCACCCACAAGCAAAGAGUUAUAGUGAUGUUGUAUAACAGAGUUUGUGACAUUGUCAGCAGUUUGUCAGAGUUGCUAGAGAUACAGCUUCUUACUGAUACAACUAUUCUUCAGGUGUCAUCUAUGGGAAUAACACCUUUCUUUGUAGAAAAUGUCAGUGAACUACAGUUAUGUGCCAUCAAAUUAGUGACUGCAGUAUUCUCCAGGUAUGAAAAACAUAGACAGUUAAUACUAGAAGAAAUUUUCACUUCCCUUGCAAGACUACCAACCAGCAAGAGGAGUUUGAGAAACUUCAGGUUAAACAGCAGUGAAACUGAUGGAGAGCCUAUGUAUAUUCAGAUGGUAACAGCACUAGUUCUGCAGCUUAUUCAGUGUGUAGUGCAUUUGCCAUCAACAGAAAAAGACUCUAAUUCCGAGGAGGAAUCAAACAAAAAAGUGGAUCAAGAUGUGCUUAUUACUAACUCUUAUGAAACAGCCAUGAGAACAGCACAAAACUUCCUUUCUAUUUUCCUUAAGAAGUGUGGCAGUAAACAAGGGGAAGAAGAUUACAGACCACUGUUUGAGAACUUCAUUCAAGAUCUUCUUUCCACAGUCAAUAAACCAGAAUGGCCAGCUGCAGAGUUGCUACUUAGCUUAUUGGGAAGGCUAUUGGUUCACCAGUUCAGUAACAAAUCUACAGAAAUGGCAUUAAGAGUUGCAUCACUUGACUAUCUUGGAACUGUAGCUGCAAGACUCAGGAAAGAUGCAGUCACUAGCAAAAUGGAUCAAGGAUCUAUAGCCAGAAUCCUCAAACAGAUAACAGGAGGAGAUGAUGAAAUUCAACAGCUGCAAAAGGCUUUGCUCGAUUAUCUGGAUGAGAACACAGAAACUGAUGCAUCAUUAGUGUUUUCUCGGAAGUUUUAUAUAGCACAAUGGUUCCGUGAUACAACUAUGGAGACAGAGAAAGCAAUUAAAUCUCAGAAGGAUGAGGAUCCAUCUGAAGGAACUCAUCAUUCAAAAGACGUUGAGACCACAGGGCAAAUCAUGCAUAGAGCAGAAAGUCGCAAAAUGUUUCUUCGCAGCACCAUUAAAACUGCUCCAUCUCAGUUCAGUACAUUAAAGAUGAAUUCUGAUACUGUGGACUAUGAAGAUGCAUGUUUGAUUGUUCGCUAUUUGGCCUCUAUGAGGCCAUUUGCCCAGAGCUUCGAUAUUUAUUUGACACAGAUUCUACGUGUACUUGGUGAAAAUGCAAUUGCUGUUCGAACAAAAGCCAUGAAGUGUUUGUCUGAGGUUGUUGCUGUAGACCCCAGUAUUCUAGCCAGGCUGGAUAUGCAACGAGGUGUUCAUGGACGAUUAAUGGAUAACUCCACUAGUGUACGGGAAGCAGCUGUGGAGCUCCUUGGCCGAUUUGUGCUCUGCCGUCCUCAGCUUGCUGAACAGUAUUACGACAUGCUGAUAGAAAGAAUAUUGGAUACUGGUAUCAGUGUCAGAAAAAGAGUCAUAAAGAUACUUAGGGAUAUCUGCAUUGAACAACCAACAUUUCCCAAAAUUACAGAGAUGUGUGUGAAAAUGAUUCGGAGAGUCAAUGAUGAAGAAGGCAUUAAGAAGUUAGUAAAUGAGACAUUCCAGAAGCUCUGGUUUACUCCUACUCCACACCACGACAAAGAAGCAAUGACCAGGAAAAUACUAAACAUCACUGACGUGGUUGCAGCUUGUAGAGAUACAGGGUAUGAUUGGUUUGAACAACUUCUUCAAAAUCUGUUGAAGUCAGAAGAGGAUGCCUCAUAUAAACCUGUGAAGAAAGCCUGUACUCAACUUGUUGACAAUUUGGUUGAGCACAUUCUUAAAUAUGAGGAAUCCUUAUCAGAUUCCGACAACAAAGGCGUGAAUUCUGGUCGCUUGGUUGCUUGCAUAACCACUUUGUUCUUAUUCAGCAAAAUCAGGCCCCAGCUAAUGGUUAAACACGCCAUGACCAUGCAGCCAUACUUGACCACUAAAUGUAGUACCCAGAAUGAUUUCAUGGUGAUCUGCAAUGUUGCAAAAAUCUUAGAACUUGUAGUGCCACUAAUGGAGCACCCAAGUGAGACAUUUCUUGCCACUAUUGAGGAAGACCUCAUGAAACUUAUCAUCAAAUAUGGCAUGACAGUUGUCCAGCAUUGUGUGAGCUGUCUUGGGGCUGUUGUGAAUAAGGUCACCCAGAACUAUAAAUUUGUGUGGGCCUGUUUUAACAGAUACUAUGGUGCACUUUCAAAAUUAAAAAGUCAACACCAAGAAGACCCCAACAGCACAGUACUUACUGCCAAUAAGCCAGCACUCCUUAGGUCACUUUUCACUGUUGGAGCAUUGUGUCGGCAUUUUGAUUUUGAUCAGGAGGAUUUUAAGGGCAACAGUAAGGUUAACAUUAAGGAUAAAGUACUUGAACUGCUGAUGUAUUUUACAAAACAUUCAGAUGAAGAAGUACAGACAAAAGCCAUUAUUGGCCUUGGAUUUGCAUUUAUACAACACCCAAGUUUAAUGUUUGAACAGGAAGUGAAGACUCUGUACAACAGCAUUCUUUCAGAUAAGAACUGUUCAGUAAACUUAAAAAUCCAGGUUUUAAAAAACCUCCAGACCUACUUGCAGGAGGAGGAUACACGUAUGCAGCAGGCAGACAGAGACUGGAAAAAAGUAGCAAAGCAGGAAGACCUGAAAGAAAUGGGUGAUAUUUCCUCAGGGAUGAGUAGUUCCAUCAUGCAGCUGUAUCUCAAACAGGUCCUUGAGGCUUUCUUUCAUACCCAGUCCAGUGUACGUCACUUUGCUCUAAAUGUCAUUGCCCUGACAUUAAACCAGGGUCUCAUCCAUCCUGUUCAGUGUGUGCCAUACUUAAUUGCUAUGGGCACAGAUCCAGAGCCCUCUAUGAGAAACAAAGCUGAUCAGCAGUUGGUGGAAAUAGACAAAAAAUAUGCUGGGUUUAUUCACAUGAAAGCUGUGGCUGGUAUGAAGAUGUCUUACCAGGUACAACAGGCAAUCAAUACCUGCCCAAAGGAUCCUGUAAGAGGUUUUAGACACGAUGAAUCAUCCAAUGCAUUGUGUUCACACCUAUACUCCAUGAUCCGAGGAAAUCGACAACACAGACGAGCAUUUCUAAUUUCUUUACUCAACCUCUUUGAUGAUACUGCAAAAACAGAGGUGAAUAUGCUCUUGUACAUAGCAGACAAUCUAGCCUGUUUUCCUUAUCAAACACAGGAAGAGCCACUGUUUAUAAUGCAUCAUAUAGACAUUACACUAUCAGUUUCUGGUAGCAACCUACUACAGUCAUUUAAAGAGUCUAUGGUGAAAGACAAAAAAAAGGAAAGAAAGCCUUCAUCAGACGAGGAGACUGAGAGUGACAGUAAAAGUGAUAGUGAGAGCGAAAGUGAGGAGGAAGCUUCUAAGCCUCGGAGGUUACGGAAACGAGUAGACUCUGAUUCAGAUUCUGAUGAAGAAAAUGAUAUAAAUGCUGUGAUGAAAUGUUUACCAGAAAAUUCAGCUCCUUUAAUUGAAUUUGCAAAUGUCUCCCAAGGCAUAUUAUUACUUUUGAUGCUGAAACAGCAUUUAAAGAACCUCUGUGGAUUCUCUGAUAGUAAAAUUCAGAAAUAUUCUCCAUCUGAAUCUGCAAAAGUUUAUGAUAAAGCGAUAAACAGGAAGACAGGAGUUCAUUUCCAUCCAAAACAAACUCUGGAUUUUCUGCGGAGUGAUAUGGCUAAUUCCAAGAUCACAGAAGAAGUGAAGAGGAGUAUAGUAAAACAGUACUUAGAUUUCAAGCUCCUUAUGGAACAUUUGGAUCCUGAUGAAGAGGAAGAAGAUGGAGAGGUGUCAGCUAGCACAAAUGCUCGGAACAAAGCGAUUACCUCGCUGCUUGGAGGAGGCAGUCCUAAAAACAAUGCAGCUGAGACAGAGGAUGAUGAAAGUGAUGGGGAGGAUAGAGGAGGAGGCACUUCAGGGUCAUUGAGAAAGUCAAAACGAAAUUCAGACUCUACGGAGUUGGCAGCACAGAUGAAUGAAAGUGUUGAUGUCAUGGAUGUCAUCGCUAUUUGCUGUCCAAAGUACAAAGACCGACCACAAAUUGCAAGAGUAGUACAGAAAACCAGCAAUGGCUUCAGUGUUCAGUGGAUGGCAGGCUCCUACAGUGGCUCCUGGACAGAGGCUAAGCGCCGUGAUGGCCGCAAACUGGUGCCUUGGGUAGACACUAUUAAAGAGUCAGACAUUAUUUACAAAAAAAUUGCUCUAACGAGUGCUAAUAAGCUGACUAAUAAAGUCGCGCAGACUUUACGAUCGCUGUAUGCUGCCAAGGAUGGAACUUCCAGCUACUGA